AUGAGCAAUUUGAUCAGCAUGAGGCAUCUCCACUAUCAGAAUCCUGAUGAUAAAUUUGAAAUGCCAUUGAAGAUGGGGCGGCUGACUUGCCUUCAGACACUAGAGUUCUUCAACGUCGGUCGAAAGAAGGGUCGACGAAUUGGAGAGCUUGGAUUCUUGAAAAACCUCAAAGGCAAAUUAGUUAUACGCAAUCUUCAAUUGGUGAAGGAUAAGGAAGGAGCUGAGGAAGCAAAACUAUCUGAAAAGGCAAAUCUAUUUAGGCUGUAUCUUGAGUGGGCCCUUGAUCGAGAAGGCGACGACUACAACGACGUAGAUGUGUUGGAUGGCCUUCCACCCCACCCAAAUUUGGAGGAGCUGAAAAUUCAAGGUUUUAUGGGGGAUCAAUUUCCUCAAUGGUCAAUGGAUUUGCCAACAACACUCCCCAAGUUAGUGAGUUUGGGAUUUGAAAACUGCAACAGAUGCACAGAACUUCCUCCUCUGCAAAACCUCACGUCUCUUAAGGAGCUGACGAUUCAUAAAUGCGGUGGGUUGACGAGUCUGCGCGGUGACAUGCUGCAGUCUUGUACCUCUCUCCAGAAGCUUCGGGUGAUUGAAUGCCACAAUCUUACCUCCUUUCAGCCUGAUUUGCAACACACGCCUUCUCUCUUAGAGGUGGAGUUACGGGGAUGUCCCAAUCUGGAGGAGUUGAAAAUUCGAGGUUUCAUGGGGGAUCAAUUUCCUCAAUGGUCAAUGGAUUUGCCAACAACACUCCCCAAGUUAGUGAGUUUGGGAUUUGAUAACUGCAACAGAUGCAGACAACUUCCUCCUCUGCAAAACCUUACGUCUCUUAAGGAGCUGACGAUUCAUAAAUGCGGUGGGUUGACGAAUCUGCCCGCUGAUAUGCUGCAGUCUUGUAGCUCUCUCCAGAAGCUUCGGGUGACUGAAUGCCACAAUCUUACCUCCUUUCAGCUUGAUUUGCGACACACGCCUUCUCUCUUAGAGAUGGAGUUGUGGGGAUGUCCCAAUCUGAAAACUAGUACGACGCCCCGAGGAUUUGGUUUCCUCACUGGUUUAAGGACACUUUCAAUUGGUCCCUUCUCAGAUGAUGAUGAAGAAGAAAAUUCUCUGGUUUACAACAAAUUUGAUUGGUCUGGAUUGACAUCCUCCUCCUCCUCCUCCUCUUCAUCCACACUUGAGGUACUAAAAUUACGUGGGUUGCCACACAUGAAGACUCUGCCAGGUCAGCUCCGAGAUUUGACCACCCUCAAAUCACUAGCUCUACAUGACUUUGGUGAAGUAGAAACCUUACCCGAUGCCAUAAGUUGCCUCGCCAAUUUAACAUAUCUGUCUAUUGAUGGUUCUCCACUAUUAAAGGAAAGGUUCACUUCUCAGAGCAGCAGCCCCGAUGAGUGGUCCAAGGUUCCUCCUCGUAUUCAAAACAUAAGCAUAGAUGGUCAACCGUUAGUUCGUCAAUAA